GCGGUCUGGCGGAGGCGCCUCCGCGAGCCUCGACUCCACUUCUUUGUUUGUGUCUGAGCCCGCAGGACCGCAGGACCCGACUGCCUCGCCUCGGCCCGGCCCCGCGUGGCCGCCUGCGUCCCCGACCAGCCGAGAGGGGUUACCCGAGCCUUUCUUCCGCGCACUUUCUCCCUCUGCAGCGGCCCACCCGGCUCCCGCCGCGCCCUUUCCAGAAACUUCACGCCUGCCUCCGCAGUCACCCUGGGCAGAGCCGUUUUGGCCCGGUCGUGGAUCCCUUGCCCUCUGCGGCGCCUUGCGGCCGGAUUCGCAACCUCUUCCCCCAAUCCCCGUAUUUCUUUUGCCGGUGUCAUUAUUCAUUGCUCUGUGUUUAGUUAGUUGCAUAGCGCACCCUGAUACCUAUUAAAAGUGGGAGCGAUGCAGUGGCAGGGUGGAGCCCCGUUUUAUACUGGUUACGGGAAAAUAAAACAGGGAACCCUAGGAAGGCAAGACUGGCACCACGUCCCUCUGGGAGCGAGUUUUGCAGGUUUUCAGAGUAGAGUAGUUACCUCUUUGGGGAAUGAUAAGUGACUUGAACUGCAUUUCUAAGUUACUCAAACAUAGCUCUUUGGAUAUUUUAACUCGCACUGACCUUGCCUUGACUGAUUGAAGCCGCGUGCACUUGCUAAUUUUGCAGCUGAGAUGAGCAUUUAUUGUGUUUCCGAGCAGAAACCUGACAAAUGUCCAAGCGGCUGUUGGAUUCGAACUGCCGACUUUUUGGUUAGCAGCCAGGCUCUUAACCACUGGGCCACCGGGGCAGCUUUGAUGAUGAUGCCUUGCCCAGCGGGGAGGUUUCAGUGAAUUGUGUGCCAGCGUCCCUGGUGCCUUCGUGGUUUUUCUGGUUCUGUUCUUCCGGAGAGGAGAGGCAACAUGCCUCUGCUUUUCUGUGUCCACUGGGAACCGCAGAUCUUAAACUAGUUUUGCUAAUACAUCUCUGACUUCUCUAGUUGCUCCUUUCGUCUGAAAACAGGCCUUUAGAUUUUAAGGAUGAAUUUAUUUAUUUAGAGCUUAUUUUGAUUAUAUUAUUAGCCACUGAUUAACUUCACUGUAAAUGAAACACUAGUUUUAGAAUAGUUUUAAGUGUUAUCGGUGACAAAUAAAAAUUAAUGGUAUCUGUUUUGUCUCAAACAAAUGGAAACUUCACACUUAGUCUUCAGAAUAUUAAAAUAGAUACAUCAUAAAUGGGAUGAAAAAUUUGUCUCACUUUUAUACGGUGCUUAAUGUCGGACAUGGAGCCCUGGUGGCACAGUGGUUAAAGCGCUCAGCCGCUAACUGUAAGGUGAGCGUUUGGAACCGAGGAACUACUCUGCAGGAGAAAGACUUGGCAAUCAGCUUCAGGAAAAAGAUUUACGGACCUGGAAACCCUAUGGAGCAGUUCCACUCUGCACUAUAGGGUUGCUGUGAGUUGGAAUCAAAUGAUGGCAGUAGGUUUGGUUUUUUGGGUAAUGUCGAACAAAUAAUAGAAAAGUGUAAAAAUUGGGCUUUGUAUUUUUCAGUUUGUAGCUUACCCUCGUUUUCUCAUACCCUCAAUAUUUUUCACAGCAUGAAAUGGGGAGAAGUGAAUUUUUUUAUGCCGUCAUUUUGUUUUGUGUUUUUUAGUUUUUGGUCUGGGGGAUCUGAAACAUUGUUAAUGAAAAAUUAUCUAUAAAUUGUUAGCUGGAUUGCAGGACAUUAUAUCUAAAAUUGUACAUAAAAGAUGGUGAAACGUUUAUUUUCUCUUGGUAAUGAUGUUUUCUAGUUCGAAUAAUGUAUAAAUGGCAUAAAGAAAAACACUUGAUUUAAGUUACGAAAAAGUUGAAGCUACUUUUAAGUUACUUUAUCCCUGAGUAGACUGGGAAAUACUAAACAUUUUAUCUCAGUAUGUAAUGUUUAUUAUUAGGUUGCAUGAAUUUAGGAGCUGUUCUACAAAGUAAGGAACCCUGGUGGCGCAGUGGUUAAGCGCUGGGCCGCUAACCACUGACUAUUGGAAUCCACCAGCCUUUCUACGGGAGCAAGAUGUGCCAGUCAGUUUCCAUAAAGGAAAUUUUAUGGGGGCAGUCCUACUGUCCUAUAGGGUCACUAUGAGUUGGAAUUGACUCCUUGGCAACAGAUUUCAUUUUUGGUUUCUGUAAAAGUGAAUAAUUUUAUCGUCUCACAGUUGGAGUAAAUGUGGGUAAAAAUUUGCUAGAGCAAAUUGCAUGGCAAACUGGAAUCUCUAUAAUAAAAUUAUUUUACAAAAUAUGUACAUUUUUAGAUUUUGUUGUGCUUUAGGUGAAAGUUUACAGUGCAAUCUCUCCAACGUUUGUUAUUUUCUGUUUUGUUAAUUGGUGCUAGUAACAUCAGUGUGAGAUGACACUGACCUUGUAGUUUUGCUUUGCAUUUCUCUAAUGGCCAAUGAUCUCGAGGAUUUCCUCAAGUGUUAGCUGCCUAAAUGUCUUCUCUGGUGGAGUGUCUGUUCACAUCCUUUGCCCGUUUUUAAAUUGGAUUAUUUGUCUUUUUGUUGUUGAGGUGUCGAAGCUUUGUAUGUAUUUUAGAGAUUAGACCCUUAUUGGAUAUGUUGUAGCCAGAAAAUUUUUCUCAGUCUGUAGGUUUUUUUUUUUUUCACUCUUUUGGUGAAGUCUUUUGAUGAGCGUAAGUGUUUUUUAGGAGCUCCCAGUUACCUACUUUAUCUUCUGGUGUUUGUGUAUCGUUAGUUACGGUUUGUAUUGAAUUUAUGCCAUUAUUAGGGCAUAAAUUGUCCCUGUUUUUUCUUCCAUGAUCUUUAUCGUUUUAAGUUUUAUAUUUAGGUCUUUGAUCCAUUUUGAGUUAGUUUUUGUGUAUGGUGUGAGGUAUGGGUCCUGCCCCCCCCCCCCACCCCCACAGGUGGACAUCCAGUUUUACCAGCACCAUUUGUAAAAAGACUGUCUUUUCCCCAUUUAAUGGACUUUGGUACUUUGUCAAAGAUCAGCUGACUAAAGGUGGAUGGGUUUACAUCUGGGUUCUCGAUUCUGUUUCAUUGGUCUAUGUGUCUGUUGUUGUACCAGUACUAGGCUGUUUUGACUACUGUGGCCGUGUAAUAGGUUCUGAUAUCAGGUAGUGUGAGGCCUCCUACUUUGUUUUUUUCUUCAAUAAUGCUUUGCUUCUCCGAGGUCUCUUUCCUUUCCAUAUAAAGUUGGUGAUUCAUUUUUCCAUCUUGUUAAAGAAUACUGAUGAUAUUUGGAUUGGGAUUGCAUCGUAUCUGUAGAUCGCUUUGGGUAGAAUUGACAUUUUCACAGUGUUGAGUCUUCUUGUCCAUGAACAUGGUAUGCAUUUCCAUUUAUGUAGAUCUCUUUUUGGUUCCUUGCAAUAGUGUUUUGUAAUUCUCUUUUGUAUAGGUCUUUUAUGUCCCUGGUUAGAUUUAUUCCUAAGUAUUUUAUCUUUUUAGGGGCUGUUAUAAAUGGUGUGGUUUUCCUGAUUUCCUUUUUGAAGUUCUCUUUGUUGGUGUUUAGGAAUCCAACUGAUUUUUGUAUGUUUAUGAUGUAUCCUGCAACUCUGCUGCACCUGUUAGUUCCAGCAGCUUUCUGGUGGAGUCUUUGGGGUUCUCUACGUAUAGGAUCAUAUCAUUUGCAAGUAGGAAUAGUUUUACUUCUUUUUUUCCAAUUUGGAUGCCUGUUAUUUCUUCUUUUUUUGUCUUAAUGCUCCAGCUGGGCCUUCUAGCGCUGUGUUAAAUAGGAGUGAUGAUAGAGGACAUUCUUGUCUCUGUUCUCAGGGGGAAUGCUUUCAGCCUUUCUCCAUUGAGAAUGAUGUUGGUUGUUGGUUUUGUAUAGAUAUUAUCUUGCGCAAUUUCCUUUCUAUUCCAAUUUUAUUGAGAAUUUUUAUCAGUAACGGGUCUUGGACUUUAUCAGAUGCCUUUUCUGUGUCAUUUGAGAUGGUUAUGUGAUUCUUUUGUUCUAUUUAUGUGGCAGAUUACAUUGAUUGAUUUUCUAAUGUUGAACCAUUCUUGAAUACCUGGUAUGAAUUCCACUUGAUUGUUUUGUAUUCUUUUUUUGCUACGAGGCUGAAUUCUCUUGGCCAGAAUUUUGUUGAGAAUUUUUGCAUCUGUAUUCAUGAGAGAUACUAGUAUGUAAUUUUAUUUAUUUACUUAUUUAUUUGUGGUGUCAUUGCCUGGCUUUGGUAUCAGGGUUAUGCUGGCUUCAUAGAAUGAAUUCAGGAGUAUUACUUCCUUUUUUAUGCUUUGGAGUAGUUUGAGUAGUACUGGUGUGAGAUUUUUCUCUGAAUAUUUGGUAGAAUUUGCCAGUGAAUCCAUUCAGGCCAAGGUUUUUUUUUUUUUUUUUAAUUCCCUCUUUAGUCUCUUGUUAUGAGUCUGUUCAGAUUUUUGAUCUCAGUUUGUGUUAGUUUGGGUAGGUAGUGUGUUUCUAGGUUUUCAAAUUUGUUCGAGUGCAAUUUUUUGUAGUGUUCUGUUAUGAUUCUUUUUAUUUCAGCUAGGUCUGUUGUAUUUCUCUCACCCCAUUUCUUAUUUGGGUUAUUUGCUUCCUCUGCUGUUUUUCUCUUGUCAGUUUGUCUACUGAUUUGUUGAUCUUUUAAAGGAACCAACUUUUGGUCUUAAUUUUUUCUUUUGUUUUUCUGUAGUCCAAUUAUUUCUGUUCUAAUCUUUAUUAUUUCCUUUCUUCUGGUGCCUGUGGGCUUCUUUUGCUGUUCUUUCGUAUUUGUUUGAGUUGUAGGGCUAACAUUUUGAUUUUGCUCGGUCAUUUGUUUUUGAUGUAUGUUUAUUGCUGUAAAUUGACCUCUGAGCACUGCUUUUGCUGUGCUGUAUGUUGUGUUUUCACUUAAAAUUAUUUUUUUAAGUUUGAUUGGUAGACCAAAAUGCGUUGCUACCAAGAAUAAGGUUUUUUUCAAUUGUCAAGGUAAUGAAACACACUCACACGAAUUCACCAGCCAUCUGUUGCAUACUCUGCAUGGCGUACACUUGUCUGUCUGAUUCUUUAAACUGUUGUUAGGUGCUGUCCAGUCAGUUCUGACUCACGGCAACACUGUGUACAACAGAGCAAGACACUGCCCGGUCCUAUGCCAUCCUCAUAAUUGUUGUUACGCUUGAGCGCAUUUUUGCAGCUACUGUCUCAGUCCCUCUCGUUGAGGGUCUCCCUCUUUUUCGCUGAUCCUGUACUAGAUGUAGCAUGAUGUCCUUCUCCAGGGACUCUGGCCCCUCUUGAUAACAUGUCCAAAGUAUGUGAGAUAAGGUCUCGCCAUCCUUGCUUCUAAUGAGUGUUAUGGCUGUGCUUCUUUCAAUAUAGAUCUGUUUGUUCUUCUGGCAGUCCGUGGCAUAUUCAAUAUUCUUUGCCAACACCAUAAUUCAAGGGCAUCAAUUCUUCUUUGGUCUUUUUUAUUCAUUGUCUAGCCUUCAUAUGUAUGUGAGGCAAUUGAAAAUACCAUGGCUUGGAUCAGGCACUCCUUAGUCCUUAAAGUGACAUCUUUUCAAUACUUUAAAGAGGUCUUUGCAGCAGUUUUCCCCCAGUGCAAUGUGUCAUUUGAUUUCUUUAAAAAAAAAUUUUUUUUUGUGUGCUUUUAAGUGAAAGUUUACAGUUCAAGUUAGUUUUUCAUACAAAAAUUUAUACAUACAGUAUUAUGUGACCCUAGUUGCUCUCCCUGUAGUGUGACAGCACACUCCUCCUUUCCACCCCGGAUUUCUUGUGUCCAUUCAACCAUCUCCUGUCCCUUUUUGUCUUCUCAUCUUGCCUCCGGACAGGAGCGGCCCACUUAGUCUCACGUAUAUUCUUGAGCUAAGAAGCACUCUCUUCACAAGGAUCAUUUUAUGUCUUAUAGUCUAGUCUAAUCUUUUUCUGAAGAGUUGGCUUUGGGAAUGGUUUCUGUUCUGGGCUAACAGAGAGUCUGGGGCCAUGUCUCUUGGGGUCCCUCCAGUCUCAGACCAUUAAUUCUGGUCUUUUUACUAGAAUUUGAGUUCUGCACCUCGCUUUUCUCUUGCUCCAUCAGGGACUCUCUAUUGUGUUCCCUGUCAGGGCUGUCAUUGGUGGUAGCUGAGCACCAUCUAGUUCUUCCGGUCUCAGGCUGGUGGAGUCUCUGAUUUAUGUGGCCCUUUCUGUCUCUUGGGCUAAUAUUUUCCUUGUGUCUUUGGUGUUCUUCAUUUUACUUUGCUCCAGGUGGAUUGGGACCAAUUGAUGUAUCUUAGAUGGCCGCUCACUAGUGCUUAAGACCCCAGAUGCCACUCAUCAAAAUGGGACGCAGAACAUUUUCCUAAACUUUGUUAUGCCAGUUGACCUAGAUGUCCCCUGAAACCAUGGUCCCCAGACCCCUACCCCUGCUACUCUGUUCCUCAGAGUGUUUGGUUGUAUUCAGGAAACUUCUUAGCUUUUGGUUUAGUCAGGUUGUGCUGACUUCCCCUGUAUUGUGUGUUGUCCUUCUCUUCACCUAAUUCUUACCUUCUAUCUAGUUCCUGGUUAGGAGGGUAAGGAGGGAGGGAGAGGGAUUAUUCGUUUGAUUUCUUGACUGCUGCUUUCAAGGGCUUUGAUUGUGGAUCCAAGUAAAAUGAAAUCCUCGACAACUUCAGUGUUUUCUCUGUUCAUUAUGGUGUUGCUUAUUGGUCCAGUUGUGAGGAUUUUUGUUUUCUUUAUGUUGAAGUGUAAUCCAUACCAAAGCCUCUGGGCUUUGAUCUUCAUCAGUAAGUGCUUCAGAUUGUCUUUACUUUUAGCAAGGAAGGUUGUGUCAUCUGCAUAUCGUAGGUUGUUAAUGAGUCUUCUUCCAAUCUUGUUGCCUCAUUUUUGUUCAUGUAAUCCAGCUUCUCAGAUUAUUUGUUCAGCAUACAGAUUGAAUAAGUGUGAUAAAAGAAUAUAAGCCUGACACACGCCUUUCCUUAUUUUAAACCACGCAGUAUGCCCUUCUUCUGUCUGAACACGUGCUGCCCGGUCUAAGUACAGGUUCCUUAUGAGCACAAUUAAGGGUUCUGGAAUUCCCAUUCUUCCCAAUGAUAAAAAAAAAAAAAUUUUUUUUUUAACUUAUAAUGAUCCACACAAUUGAAUGCCUUUGCAUAGUCAAUAAAACACAGGUUAAACAUCUUUCUGUCAUGAUGUGCUUUAAGCCAUGAUCCAUCUGUAUUUUGAGUGCCUUCCAACUUGAAGGGCUCACCCUCCAGCAGUAUAUCAGACAGAGUUCCGCUGCUAUUCACCAGGUUUUCACAUGCCAGUUUUUACAGAAGUAGGCUGCCAGGUCUUUCUUCCUAGUCUGUGUUAGUCUGGAAGUUUCAGUAAAACCCUGCUGGUAUUUGAAAUACUGGUGGCAAAGCUUCCAGAAUCACAGCAACAUGGAAGCCAGCACAGUACAACAAACUGACAGACACAUGGUGGAUUCUUUAAACUAGCCAAUAGCAUUAAAAUUUUUUGUAUUUUGGAGGUACUCUGUGCUCUCUUAUAGAUGGGAAAAAUCAAACUCAGGAGUUAUAAAUGACUUCAGUGUCCAAGGUUCUUAGUUUGAUUAGUAGCAAAGUUGACUAGAAUCUUUUAUCUUUUUGCUGACUACCAUGUUUCCUUACUGAACUUUGAAUUUUCUUUAACCAGAGUACUUGAACUUUGUAGGCAGACUACCUGGGUUUGAAUUUUGACUAUGAUAUGGUAAUAUCUGUGAAAGCCGGAACCUGUGUAAGGCAUAAACCUGUCAGAGAAAGAAAACCAGUAUUUUCCACUAAAACGAGUGAUAGAAGAGUGGUAAGACUGCACCCCGUCAAAGGUGGAAAACUUGUGAGACCCAGAAAAACAAGGCAGUCAUGUCAAGACUCCCACUGUACUAACUGGAUAACCCCAGUAACUGUGUGCCUCAGUUUUUCCAUCUAAAAUGGAAAUAAUAGUAUCUCAUAUGCUUUCCAGGAUUAAAUGAGAAGAGUGCCUGCCAUAAAGUAAAUGGCUCCAGUAAGUGUUAACUGUUACUGAAAGUGAAGAGAACUUGAAGCACUUGUUGAUGAAGAUCAAACAACACAGCUUUCAGUCUGGAUUACAGGUCAACAUAAAGAAAACAGAAAUCCUCAUAACAGGACUAAAAAGCAACAUCAUGAUAAAUGGAGAAAAUAUCGAAAUUGUCAAGGAUUUUAUUUUACUGGGAUCCAUAGUUAACACCCAUGGAAGCAGCAGUCACAAAAUCGAACAAUAUGUUGCACUAGACAAAUCUGCUGCAAAAGAUCUCUUUAAAGUGUUAAAAAGCAAAGAUGUCAUUUUGAGAGCUAAGGUGCACCUGACCCAAGCCAUGGUAUUUUCGGUUGCCUUAUGUGCAUUCAAAAGCUGGACAGUGAAUAAGGAAACAGAAGAAGAAUUGAUGCCUUUGAAUUAUGCUGUUGGCAAAGAAUAUUGAAUGUACAGUGGACUGCCAGAGGAAUAAACAAAUCUGUCUUGGAAGAAGUAUGAUCAAAAUGCUCUUUAGAAGUGAGGAUGGCAUCAUAUGUACACCCAUGUUCGUUGCAGCAUUGCUCACAGUAGCAAAAAGAUGGAAACAACCUAGAUGCCCAUCAGCAGAUGAAUGGAUAAACUUUGGUACGUACACACAAUGAAAUAUUACGCAGCGUUAAAGAACAACUAUAAAUCUGUGACGCAUCUGUUAACACGGGUGAAUCUGGAGGGCAUUAUGAAGUGUUAUGAACAGAAGCAGUACAAAAAUGGCCUCAAGUUUUGCAAGAUGAUACUUUCGAACCCAAAAUUUGCUGAACAUGGAGAGACUUUGGCUAUGAAAGGGUUAACACUGAAUUGUUUAGGAAGGAAAGAAGAAGCCUACGAAUUUGUUCGUAAAGGACUGCGCAAUGAUGUCAAGAGUCAUGUCUGUUGGCAUGUAUAUGGACUCUUGCAGCGUUCUGAUAAGAAGUAUGAUGAAGCUAUUAAGUGUUACCGAAAUGCCCUCAAAUUAGAUAAAGACAAUCUACAAAUUCUGAGGGAUCUCUCUCUGUUGCAGAUCCAAAUGCGAGACCUUGAAGGUUACCGAGAGACAAGGUACCAGCUUCUUCAGUUGCGUCCAACACAGCGUGCUUCCUGGAUUGGAUAUGCUAUUGCAUACCAUUUGCUAAAAGAUUAUGAUAUGGCAUUAAAACUAUUAGAAGAAUUUAGACAAACGCAGCAAGUUCCUCCCAACAAAAUAGACUAUGAGUAUAGUGAACUUAUAUUAUACCAGAAUCAAGUGAUGCGAGAGGCAGAUCUAUUUCAGGAAUCCUUGGAACAUAUAGAAACAUAUGAGAAACAAAUAUGUGAUAAACUUUUGGUGGAAGAAAUUAAAGGGGAAAUGCUGUUGAAAUUGGGACGAUUAAAAGAAGCCAGUGAAGUAUUCAAAAACUUGAUCGAUCGGAAUGCAGAAAACUGGUGUUAUUAUGAAGGCUUGGAAAAAGCUCUACAACUUAGCACUUUAGAAGAGAGGCUUCAAAUUUAUGAAGAGAUUAGUAAGCAGCAUCCCAGAGCAAUUUCACCUAGAAGAAUACCUUUGAAUCUUGUCCCAGGUGAAAAAUUUAGAGAACUAAUGGAUAAGUUCCUGAGGGUUAACUUCAGUAAAGGCUGCCCACCCUUGUUUACUACUUUGAAAUCUUUAUAUUACAAUACAGAAAAGGUUUUAAUAAUCGAGGAACUUGUUACUAAUUAUGACACCUCUCUUAAAAUGUGUGACUUUUUUAGCCCUUAUGAGAAUGGGGAGAAGGAACCCCCAACAACACUACUCUGGGUUCGGUAUUUCCUGGCACAGCACUUUGAUAAGCUUGGACAGUAUUCUUUGGCUUUGGAUUAUAUUAAUGCUGCAAUUGCUAGUACUCCAACUCUAAUAGAGUUAUUCUAUAUGAAAGCAAGAAUUUACAAGCAUAUAGGUAAUCUAAAAGAAGCUGCAAAGUGGAUGGAUGAAGCGCAGUCUUUGGACACAGCUGAUAGAUUCAUCAAUUCUAAAUGUGCAAAAUAUAUGCUUCGAGCAAAUAUGGUAAAAGAAGCAGAGGAAAUGUGCUCCAAGUUCACAAGGGAAGGCACAUCUGCCAUGGAAAAUCUAAACGAAAUGCAGUGUAUGUGGUUUCAGACAGAAUGUAUUUCAGCUUAUCAACGUUUGGGCAAAUACGGGGAUGCCUUAAAAAAAUGCCAUGAAGUAGAAAGGCAUUUUUUUGAGAUAACUGAUGACCAGUUUGACUUCCAUACGUACUGCAUGAGAAAAAUGACCCUUCGUGCCUACGUUGACCUUUUGAGAUUAGAAGAUGUACUCAGAAGACAUGCCUUCUAUUUUAAGGCUGCUAGAUCAGCAAUUGAAAUAUACUUGAAAUUGUAUGAUAAUCCUUUAACCAACGAAAACAAACAACAAGAAAUAAAUUCAGAAAACCUGUCUGCCAAAGAAUUGAAGAAAAUGCUUAGCAAGCAGAGAAGAGCUCAGAAAAAGGCUAAAUUAGAAGAAGAGAGAAAACAUGCAGAAAGGGAACGUCAACAGAAAAAUCAAAAGAAAAAAAGAGAGGAAGAAGAGGAGGAAGCCAGUGGUCUCAAGGAAGAACUUAUACCUGAAAGAUUAGAAAGGGUAGAAAAUCCACUCGAAGAGGCAAUCAAGUUCCUAAUACCUCUUAAGAACCUCGUUGCUGAUAACAUUGACACUCAUCUAUUAGCAUUUGAAAUAUAUUUUAGAAAAGGAAAGUUUCUGUUGAUGCUGCAAUCUGUCAAACGAGCUUUUGCCAUAAAUAGUAAUAACCCAUGGUUACACGAAUGUUUAAUUAAAUUUUCUAAAUCUGUAUCUAACCAUAGUAAUCUUCCAGACAUCGUGAGCAAAGUUCUCUCUCAAGAAAUGCAGAAAAUAUUUUUCAACAAGGAUUUGGAAAGUUUUAAUGAAGAUUUUCUCAAACAUAAUGCUACCUCUCUUCAGCAUCUACUUUCAGGUGCUAAAAUGAUGUAUUUUAUGGAUAAGUCAAGGCAAGAGAAAGCAAUUUCUAUUGCCACUAGACUGGAUGAAACUAUAAAAGAUAAAAACGUAAAGAUUUUAAUAAAGGUUUCUGAGGCCCUGCUUGAUGGCAGCUUUGGGAACUGUAAUUCCCAGUAUGAAGAAUACAGAACAGCCUGUCAUAAACUGUUUCCUUUCACGUCUGCUUUCCUGCCUGCCGUGCACGAAGUCGACAGUCACAGUGCAGCACUAAACCACACUGCUAUUAACUACGAUGUUUUGGCAAAUGAAAUGUGAAAUCUCGUAAAAAGUUGUCUCCUCUCGACUCAAGGCUGAAUUGAAGUCGGUUUCUAUUCCAGGGUGCAUUCUACUAUAGAUAUAAAAUGAAAUAUUUGGGUAGAAUUUUUAAAUGGAGUAUUCUGUUUGCUUAUUUUAUGCUUUAUCUGACUUUGCCAAUUUACGUAAAAAUCUGUUAAAAUUACCUGUUUAUAUUUGUACAGUUUUUCUUAAACUUCCAAAUUAUUAGCAUUACAGUAGGUGCUGUCACUUCUAUAAAUGUGAUAAUUUCUUAUUAAGCUGUUAUAUACAGUGCCACAAUAUUAUUUUUUUUAGAUCCUGGUUUCAGGAUUUAUGAUUUGAUCCCUUGUCUUACUGGUUUGUUUUAUUGCUGUUUACUUGCUUGCUUUUUAAUUAAAGUACAUUAGUUUUAAGGUGUUAAUUGUAUGUUAAAAAGAAUAUGGAACCCAUCUUGACAGAUACAGAGGUUUAUUUAAAAUUUAAUUUGCCUUUUUUUACCUUAAUUUUUCAUAAUUUACCAUUUCCUUGUAAUAUCCAUAAAAAUGACACCUUCUGGUUGAAUAAGGGUACUCCAGUUUUAUGUAGAUGAUUCAAAAUGGGGGGAUUGGUUUACCUCUCAAUCAUGGAACUUCACUGGUAAAUUUGUUGCAUAUCUCUAAACAGUCUUAACAACUUGCAGGCAAGAAUGAUGCUUUCUUGACUAAGUUGCUUUGAGUGUUAGCAGGUAGUUUGUAUCUGAGGGAUGUGCUUCGAGGCAGCAGAAUAGGUAGAAUAUAACUUAUAAUGAGACGUCUUACUCUUAUAGCUGUGCAUUAAGUAUUAAAUGCAUUUUUAUAUCCCCCAGCAAAAUGAGAGUUUAAACUAUUAGUUUAAGUACUAAAACAUAGUAUUGUUGAACAAUGAUUUUUUUUCGGGGGGAUAGCCUUUUUGUUCUAUCUUGUACAGAAGAAAGUAAUGGAAUCAUUCAGUUUGUGUUUCUUUCAAAACUAUGUAAAUACAUCUGUAACAUUAAUGCUUCCCUUUAUGGCAAAUAUAAAUUCAAAAAAGAUUCUAUUUAGACAAAAAAUUCUAAUUAAAAUGAUUUUCCUUCACCCUAAUCUAUUUAGAUUCAUAAUUAUUAAGAGAAAUCUCACUGUAAAACAAUGCCAUCCUAUAUAACAAUGUAAUAAAUUAUUUUGUACACA